CGAACGAUGGAUCCCCUCGAUUAGGGGCGACCUUCAGCAUACAUGUUCCUAUAGUUUAGUCUAGUCAACUCACCCAACGAUCCACACCAUCAAAAACCUUACCUGAGCAAGAACCAGCGACAACCCUUACACACAAACCACAUUUCACGACUCCGUUGACCGAUCGCAAAUAUCCUCUUCACAAUGAAAGCAGCACUAGUGGUCGUCGACAUGCAGGAGGACUUUUGUCCUCCCAACGGCUCCCUAGCCGUCGAAGGCGGGCGCGACCUCGCCCCAACCAUCAACACGCUGCUCGCGCACCCGGGCUUCAGCUUCCGAGUCUCCUCGCAAGACUACCACCCAGCGGACCACAUCUCCUUCGCCCCGAACCACCCGGCGCCCAACAACAUCCCCUUCGAGUGUACCAUCACGCUCACCAACCCGGCGCCGGGCAAGCACACCGAGACCAAACCCCAACGGCUGUGGCCGGUGCACUGCGUCGCGGACACGCCGGGGGCGGCGCUGAUCCCGGAGAUCGACGCGGCGCGCAUCGACCUGUUCGUCAAGAAGGGGAUGGACGCGCGCGUGGAGAUGUACUCGGUGUUCGCCGACGCGUUCGGGAACCGCAACAGCCUUGAGCUGAACCGGCGGUCGGUGGAUUGCGAUCUCGAGGCCGAGCUGCGGGCUCGGGGGGUUACGGCGGUGUUCUCGGUGGGUGUCGCCGGGGAUUACUGCGUCAAGUGCACGGCGAUCGAUGCGGCGAGGGCCGGGUUCCGGAGUUAUUUCGUGGAGGAUGCGACGCGGUGCGUCGAUCCGGGGGUCGGGUGGGAGGAGGCGAGGCGGGAGUUGCUCGAGGCGGGGGUCGUGAUCGUGAGGUCGGAUGGGCCUGAGAUUGCGGGUUUGGUCGGUUGAUUCGAUGGGUCUCUCUGUGUGUAUGGUAUUAGUUAGACGGAGGGGGGGAAGGGGGGCGUUUCAGGGGGUAGUGAGUUGAUUGGGAAUCGUAGGAAGGCGGAUGGAUGGAUUGGUGACUGGGCUGGCGCUAAAAGAGCCCCCCGAGGGCCCGAAUGCUUGGGAUUGUCCUUGCCAAGGGAAAACUGUUAUUUUGUGGGGAACAAUGAACUUGGCACGUCAUUUCUACCACUACCAUUUGAGUGAGGUUAUUAGUAUACUAACUA